AGACAACAUUUUGUGUUUAAAGCGUCUUUGAACUGAAGCUAACCGUAAACUUCACCAUGAGAUUUUUUCUCCUUUUGGCUUUAAUGAUCGUCAGACUUUUCCUCACUAGUGGAAUACAACCUCUUGGAAAAGGCUACAACAGUCACUGCAUGUGCUCGAAGUUGGAGUCCAGGGUGAUCCCACAAAACAGCCUGCGCAGUGUAGAAAUCUUUCCUCGAGGCUCCCACUGCAAGGACACAGAGGUUAUUGCUGGCUUGGUGAGUGGAAAAAAGGUUUGCCUGAAUCCUCAGACCAUGUGGGUUAAGAAACUUAUCCGGUUCAUUGAGAAGAAAGAGAAAGUUAUCAAGAAAACAUAAAGGACAGCAGAAGAUGAAGAUCAGUCACAGGCUAUAAUGUAUAAUCAAAACACUCACAUACUCAAAGUGUGUACUAACGCGCUGGUCUGUUACUACUAGGAAAAAUGAUGAUAAUAUUAUGAUUCCAUCAGCAACUUAACCAAUGUGGUGUUUUAAAUUUAGCCUUUUCAUGCUCUUUGAAAUGCUGUCUUAAGAAAAUCUCCAUUGUCUGUUCUCUUGCAAAGCACUUAUGAGGAAACAUGUGCGCAGUUCAGAUGAUUAAUAAGAUAAUGGAGUGAUGAUAUAACAUUUACAACAAUACUAAUAUAUUUUGUACAUUCAUGUCAUGCUGGAUUUAUUCACAGGAAUGUAGUAUUUGUUUCUAAGAAUGAUACCACCAUUUUUUGACAUAAUUAUCAUAAUCCUAUAAUCCCCUACCCCUACACACCUUCAAUUUCAGUAUGGCAGUUAUAAAUACCUGUUUCAUCAUCAACAGGGGACUCAACAAAUCAGUUAGUCUAAUUUUAAACAGAUCUUGUGAAAUACGGCUUAUGAAUCUACUAAUAGUGUACAGACCAUAUUCACUGGGUUAAACAUGAAAAACAACAAGAAAAAAAAAUCAGUGACUCACCUUGAGGAAUAGUGAGCCAUCACCAUCCAUUUCUUAGUCUGUAACCUUCACUACUGAGUGACCUGCUGGAAGAAAAAAAAUGAGUUUUUACUUAAAAUGUGAAUUGUCAAGUGAUUGUAAUGUUGUAAUCACAUUCUCUUUUUAAAUUCUCAUUUUAUAUUCAUUUCACAUUACCUGUAAUUGUGCAUAAAAAUAAAUAAAAUCAAUUAAGAAA